AUGAUGAGUACACUUACAAAAGCUGAUAUACCAAAUUUUUGUUUCGAUGUUAAUAGUGUUAGUAAGCGAGCUUCAACAAAGCUUGUGUAUCAAACAAUUUCUAUUAGUGGCCAGUCAGGCACAAAUGGAGAUUUUGGUAGGGAUGGUACAUUCGGGUUUCCUGGGGAUGAUGGUUCAACAGGCGAAAAUGGUGGUUCAGGUAAUGAUGGUGAGAAUGCCUCUGCUGGUGAGCCAGGGCAAUCUGGUACAGAUUCUCGACAUGCAUUGGUCCGAUUAAACGGAACAGUUGAAAACUUAAAUAUGCAAUUAAAAAUAUUUCAAACAUUAUAUAGUUCAUCAGAACAGUUCGCUGGUAUUAACUGGAAUCUCGCUCAUUCCCUUCAUGAUCUCAACUAUGAUUUUCAAUUAGCAAAAUCGAAGGGAAUCAUUCUUGUGCGGGCUGUAGGAGGUAAUGGUGGUGAUGGAGGAUAUGGAGGCUAUGGAGGUCCGGGAGGCUCUGGAGGCCAUGGUGGUCGUGGUCGUCAUGGGACAAAUGGGUCCAAUGCUUACAAUCAAGGUGCUUCUGGUGGAAGCGGAGGCCCUGGUGGAGCGGGAGGGAACGGCGGUUGUGGAGGUAAUGGCGGGGAUGGUGGAUCCGGAGGAGAUGGAGGAAACGCAGGUGCUGGUGGUCAUGUCCAGGUUCGAAGUGCAGAUCCUCGAUUAUUUAUGUUAAUUGAACUCGACUGUCGAGCAGGAACCAAAGGUAAAGGCGGUUAUGGUGGAAAAGGUGGCGACUGUGGCCUCGGUGGUUCAGGUGGAGAUGGUGGCAUCGGUGGUUAUGGCGGCCUAGGUGAAUCAGGUGGUGCUCAUGGUUCACAGGGUGCACGUGGUGCUAACGGUAUGCAUGGCAGUCAUGGUAGAGUAGGUAGGAAUGGUUUGGCUGGAAUCGAUGGUCGUGCUACAAGCGAUGGUUCAAUUCAAUAUGCUGUAGUGGAUAUCGAUGAUAAUGUUAUUGAAACAGCACCUGAUAAAUAUCAUGCUAGUGUUAUUAGUUACACUGUUACUGACGAAAAUAAUGAUGAAAUCUACGAACCAGACUCAGAUUUUUUUAUUACAAGCGUUAAAUGGACAAAUAAUGGUGCAAUGACCUUGCCGAGCGGAUCUAUUUUAUCAUUUCCAUCUACAAAAUGUGUUUCCAGUGACAUUAAUGAUUUUAGUGUAUUGAUGGGCGCUAAUAUCAACCAAAUAUGCCUUGAUUCUCAUCAAUUUAAAUGCCAUCUGAAUGCCGCAUCGACUUUUUCAAUCAAUCAACCAUAUAUUCAACCCGUAACAAUAGCAUCAGAAAUUAAUCUAUUAGAUCGCUUAUUUAGUGGUAGUCAAGUUUCAACUACUUUAACGUGUCAAUAUCCGAUUCAAAUAACAAAUAUUCAGAUCCCAACUUUUCUAGGUCCCAAUGAGCGAAGCAUCAUAACAGUAAAUUUUACUAAUAUUUCUACACGGUCAUACGGUACAUGCUCAGAUUCAGCUGGUUCAAUAGAAUUUAUAUUCUCUGCUCAUUCUUUGAUAAAAAUAGUACCUGCAACUGAAGAAUAUUUGUAUCAAAUAACGCCCGAUGGACAAGGUCACUAUAAAAUCAAUGAAGAAAUGUCACCUAAAUCUACAAAGCAUAUUUAUUUUGAGUUUAGUUUAGAUGCCGAUGCUUCUUAUCAACUUUAUGAAAGUUUAUUUUGGAGUAUUGAUCUACUAUUACGUGAUACAUUAAUUGAAAAGCAUACAAAUAAAAUUCGGAUUAUACCAGAAUUUAACCCAAAUGUUCAUACCGACGUACUUCUCGUUACGUAUUCUCAAAUGGAUCGAGUUGAAUAUCUUGCAUAUCAGAAAUUAUUUCAAUUAUUUAAAUAUUCAAGUCAAAUGUGGGAUAUUGAAAGAUAUGAAGCAUUUCAUCAUCCAGAGAUACAAUGGCUGAAUACAACAAAUUUGAUUAUUUUUAUUUAUUCAAAUCCUAAAUCAACAUUGAAUAUGAUCCAAUCUCAAUUAUUUUUACAGCAUAUGAAUUCUUCCGAGAAUGCUGGUUUUAUUUGUAUCGGUACCUGUCUAUCCGAUGAAUUUGAUUUUGCUCUAUUCGAUUAUAAUAAUUUACAAUUUAUUGAUAAUAAAGAGAAAACCAAAUGUGAAGCUUCGAAUUAUGUUUGGUCAGGUUUUGGAUUCAGACACCCUACUGCCAAGAAAUUGAAUGUGAUGGCCAACAAACUUAGAACAGAAUAUGAAAAACAAGAAGAUAAUAAGUUUUUAUAUCAAGUAGUCUAUGACGAUACAAAAGAUUCGCGUUCGCGACAUUGUUUGACCGUUGUUUACGGUAAAAAAUAUGUGUAUAAAUCCACUUUAGACUUCCAAGUCGGUAAUCGAUUAAUUUUAGUCAAUAGUGAAUCUCCUUUGUUAGCCAAUACCCAUUUACCAUUCAAAUUGCAAGCUCAAUUGAACACAAAUCAACAGAAUGAAGUUGUCCCUUCUCGUGAAUAUGACAUUGGUAUUAAUGACAUGGUUAAGACAUUACAAAUUGACGAAAAUAUCAUUCAAGAUGAAAUUCAACUAAAUUCACAAUUUGGGAGAUUAUUAUGCGCGAUAUUAUUUUAUCAAGGAUUUGAAAAAUCUCUUAUGAUGAUCAAUCAUAAAUGUGAAUUAACAAGGUGCAUAUUCGUAUCAGAUUCAAGUAAAUUCAACUUUAAUCAGAUUGUAGUCAGUCUGGCUAUGUCGAUUAUUGAACGAGAAUACAAUCGUGGAUCUUUAGAAUUUCCCUCAUUAACACUAAUAGUGGAUCAAGCAGCUAAUGCGAUUGGGAAACUAUAUAAUAUUGCUAGAACAACAGAUCAUGUAGCCGAUCAAAAUAAUUGGUUAUAUUUGCUAAUUCAAUCAUUAUAUGAAUACAUUGACAGUCAAUUUUUCAUCUCAUUUCCUUGGUAUGGUUGUACAAAUAAAGCAAAGCAACGGCGAAAAUUACAAGAAAUUGUCAGUGAUUUGGUUUCAUUAUCAAUUCAUGAAAUUCCGAGAAACAAAGAACUUUAUCAAACUGUACAAAUGAUGAGACUACAAGAAUUAGCAAAGUUACAAUUUCCAGCAGCUGAUAAAAGAGAAAAUUGUGUUCGACGAAUAAUUGAAAUUCAAGCGUGGAAAGAGAAACAAAAAAUUAAGGAAACAAAUCUAUCAGCUCCGCUUGAAAAAUAUUGA